CGGCUUUCCGUGCGCCGGCACCACAGCCCGCUCGCGCCUUUGUCAGGGUUUCGGAAGCCAGUCUUCCACUCGGUAGUAAUGAACGCCUGACAUGUCGUAUUUAGUGACAAGGCUGGAUUAACGGCAUGCUGAGAAGCAAUCAAAUCUCAAUGCUGGGAACACUUUUACCCCGCGCUCUCCUGGCAACGUUCACUACCUGGCAGCGCUUCAACACAGCCAUUACAGCUACACUGACCUCGGACAAAGAGCUCAAGGAACUAUGGGGGUGCAGCAAGACGAGGAGCGAUAUGCUGACGGCUUUACUGAGUACGGCAACUUCUAUGGCGGACUUCCCUUCGAAUACCUUGCGCCCCACCCGUCGAUAUCCCCAACUAUAACAGGGAAGGCUGACGAGAAUGUCACUUAUCUGAACCCUGCUCGGAAGGUGCCUCAAAAGAGGGAAGAUGCAGGAAGUUUUUCGUUAGCAUCUUCCAUUACUGGGCCCGGAGGUGGUAUCGCCAUGCAGCCACUCACAGUCGAUGAUACAUCUCUCAGGUCUGGCAACGUCUUCUCACCAUUGCGCGAAGUACAACCGUCAAUCUGCAACCCUCAAAUGGAGUCCAACUUGGAGCCACCAACGUAUGAAACUCUUCAACCCUCAAUCAGCGAAGGCUCGCAAGCUGUUCGACCACGAUCCCCACAAUACGCGUCGAAUUCUUCUCCACCACAGCCUCUACGAUUUCUGAAACAUGCAUCAACAGCUCCUCCUACUCCCCCCAUGUCUUGGGGAAGCAGCAAUAGCACUGAAGAUGGUCUGUCAGACAGGAUGCAGUCUAUGUAUAUCGCUUUCGAUCAUGCUUCGCCUUCCACAUUGACCCCACAGCCAUUGAAGGUCGUCCAUGGUAUCUCUGAGCGUGUCAGCACUAACUACAUCACGAAUGGCAAUCACAGCUCUAGCAUGGCCUCAUCGGUAUUGCAAGAUUUACCUGGCGGUCUAGAUCAGUCAUCACGAAGGAAUAUCUCUAUAUCCACCACGCAAAGUAUAGAGAGUGAGACCCCCGACAUGAGUGCUAGCGAUGCUCGAGCUGAGAUAUCGCGCAGACUGAGCAGAAAGGAGCCGCCGUCAGACCGGAAGGGUGCAUCUCCUUUCAAAAAGAGCUUCUCACUGAAAAGAGCGGCUACUACGCCAAACCCAGCUAGCAGUCCAUCACAAAACGACCUGACCGAUAUCCUCGAAGAAGUCGCUGCAGAGGGUGGUAUUUCACUGGUCAGAGCAGUCGUCAGCAUGGGAGCUGAUCCCAUCUAUCGAUCAACUGGUAAAUUGAAGAAGGUGAAGCACGAAGCCCUCGCGAAAGCUACCAUGAACGGACGAGCCAGAGUUGUUGACUAUCUUUUGAGAGAGGGCGCCAGUUACGGAGAGGCAACGAAAAGAGAAGACUACACCCCAAUGGAUCGCGCGCUCUUGGCGGCUGCCUACAAGGGUCAUGCAGACCUCAUCGAUUGUCUUGUAUACCAUGGCGCAAACCCAAUGGUCGAGCAAUGGCCGAGAGGAAUGUUUGACGCACAACACUAUUGGAAUGAAAUUCAGGUUCGCGUUACGAAGACCAGUUUCCUUGAUGGCCUAUCGAAAUGGAAGAAUCUCGAUCGCGGUAUGAGUACCCUGAAACUCGUUAUGCAACAUCAAAACUUCGACCCCACAGCCUUCGUUUCUGGCGCAUUCGACAAUAAGAGCGAAGUACAGACUGCAGGGCCCACGCAUCGCCCGUGGCAAACGACGUAUGAGUACUCCGUUUUGUCUUGCUUCGUACGCGCUGGAUGGGCAGAUGCUGUGGAAGAGAUGCUGAGCAUGAGAGGCAUGCCGAGGGUCUACGAGAAAGAAGAUGAUGUUUUGCUGCAUCAAGAAAAGCUUACAAGAGUUGUAUCACCAAUCAACGCACUGACGAAAGAAACAUGGGACAAGCGACCCGAAGACGCACUUCGCAUACUACGGCUACUGAUUGACAGAGGUUUCAAUCUAUGUUUGACGCAACGAACGGCUACAGAUCUAGGCCCAAGAACAGCACUCGGUCGUGCAAUCUCAGCAGACGCUGCACAGGCAGUCGAACUCAUCUUGCAGGCCAAAGGCAGUCUAGUACGAGAAGACAUCUCCUUCCGACGACACAAGAAAGAGACCAAAGCAUUACCACUCGCUGCUGCCCUCGCUCUCAACUCUCUAGAAACAGCGCGUGUGCUUCUCAGAGCAGGCGCACAUCCCCGCGACCCAGCUUUCGAAGACAUGAAUGUACUCCAAUUCGUCGCAUGCCAAAACAGUCCGACAAACACAACAAUGCUUGAAGACAUGAUAGGCCUCGCCCCAGAACUAACGUACGACGCUUUGAGCUAUGCCAUAAAAGGCACCAACAAAGACGCAGUGCGUGUUCUUCUCAGCGCCAUCUCCGCAGCUGCCCUACGCCAACAAAUCGCCGCAUUACCACCCAUAUACGACAUGCUCCUCCACUGCACUCCGCCCACCAAACCAGAAGUUCAGGCCCAGUACCUUGAGCUUAUCGAUAUGGUGGUUCAAUGGGACGUCGGGUACGCACUGCAGCAACCCAAGCUUUCGGCGAUCUUAUCGGCGAUUCGGAAGGAUAAUUAUAUCGGUAUGGAGAAGUUGCUCCAGAGUGGCAUGGUGGAUGGGAGGAGUUUGGUCUUGAACAGCAAGGCGCAGCCGUGCGGCGAGUUGGGCACGUGGACUAUGCUAGAGUGCUGCGAGUUGACGGAUAGGAGUUCAGAGUGGUUGGGUUUGCUGAGGAGUUAUGGGGCGCCGCUGUAUCAUUGAUCCUUACUGCUAAGAACCUUGUCAUGUUCU